UCCUGUAAAUGUGGAAUGUUCCAAGCUCUUUUCAAUGUACUCUCUAAAUGCAAAUCAUUCUCUGAAUUAAAGCAAAUCCAUGCACUUGUUAUAACUUUUGGCCUCCUCCGUGAUGAACCUUUGUCGUCUAAACUCCUCUCGGUCGCCGCCCUCUCCGACGCCGGCGACAUAGAUUAUGCCUACCGCCUUUUCUCCAGGCUGCCGACCCCCGGAGUCUUCGAUUGGAACACGAUUAUUCGAGGCUACUCCGGCAGUAAAAAUCCCAACAAAUCAUUUUCAGUUUUCAUUAAAAUGCUCAGAGCCGGUGUCUUGCCUGAUCAUCUAACAUAUCCUUUUCUGGCCAAGGCAUCUGCUCGCCUUUUGAAGCCGGACCUCGGCGGAGCAAUUCACGGCCACGCGUUGAAAAAUGGGUUCGGAUUAGAUAAGUUCAUUAACAAUUCUUUGAUUCAUUUGUAUGGUUCUUGCCUUGACGUUGUUUACGCACGCCGGGUGUUUGAUGAAAUGCCUAUGAAGAAUAUUGUUUCGUGGAACGCUAUGUUGGAUGGUUAUUCUAAGUGUGGGGAUAUGGCAUCGGCGCGUCAAGUGUUCGAAUCAAUGUCUCAAAGGGACGUUGUUUCUUGGAGCUGUUUGAUUAAUGGGUAUGUUAAGAGUGAGGAUUAUAAGGAGGCGUUGGCAGUGUUCGAGGAAAUGCGAGUUUUGGGUCCCAAAGCUAAUGAGGUAACGAUGGUGAGUGUGUUGUGUGCUUGUGCACAUCUCGGCGCGCUUGAUCGAGGGAGGUUAAUGCAUCGUUAUGUGAUGGACAAUGGGUUGCCGAUGACUUUGGUUUUGCGUACUUCUCUCGUUGAUAUGUAUGCUAAAUGUGGAGCGGAAAAGGAAGCUUUAGACGUCUUUCGUGCGGUAUCUAAUCGUAAGACCGAUGUGUUGUUGUGGAAUGCUAUGAUUGGAGGGCUUGCAAUUCAUGGAUUGGUUAAUGAAUCUCUCAAAUUGUUUACCGAAAUGCAAAUAGUUGGGAUUGUCCCUGACGAGAUCACGUACUUGUGCUUGUUGAGUGCUUGUGCUCAUGGUGGAUUAGUGAAGGAAGCUUGGUACUUCUUCGAGUGUAUUGGAAAACAAGGUAUGACUCCUAAGAGCGAACAUUACGCUUGCAUGGUGGAUGUUCUGGCUCGUGCGGGGAAGGUAGCAGAGGCAUACCGAUUUCUACUUGAAAUGCCCAUGGAGCCGACCGCAUCAUUGCUGGGUGCUCUGCUAAAUGGGUGCUUAAUACACGGAAAAUCUGAUCUCGCAGAAAUAGUAGGAAGGAAACUAAUCGAGUUAGACCCGGAUCAUGACGGUCGAUAUAUCGGCUUAUCGAAUGUUUACGCGGCUAUCAAGCGAUGGAAGGAAGCAAGAACAAUGAGAGAAGCUAUGGAAAGAAGGGGAGUGAAAAAGUCUGCUGGAUUUAGUAGUGUGGAAAUAUCCGGAGCUCUUUAUCGUUUUAUAGCUCACGACGAGACACGUCCGAACUCUGAACAAAUCUAUAAAAUGCUGGAAUUCAUUGUAAACCAAAUGAAACUUGAUGUUCAUAAGGAUAUUGGAGAAUAUAUUUCUUUAUGA